AUGACCAUCAAAGAUGAAGUCUCCGCUGAGGUCAUCGUCAAUGUGGUGUCUGCCAUCUUCGCAGACCUCCAAGACAGCAGGAUCCGGAACCUGUUUAUUUUGCUGCUGCACCUGAUGACCACCAAAGAGUUGGAGUCGGCCAAAAACAUCGACGAUGUCUUUCAGCCCAGCAGUCGGGUCUUUCGGCUCUUCUCUUUCUUCGCACUACAUCGCUUUAACUAUGAAGUAGUGGUGCAUCCUGUCAUGGACUGCCACAAGAUGGACGAGCAGGGGCAGCCCGUGACUCUGAUGGGUGCAGUGACCUACAAAACGUUGGAGAAAGCUCAGACCUGGGCGUUAGACUUCAACCGAUAUCUGGAAUCGCCAAGCAUCGCUGCAAAGCUAAAGGAGCAAGCAUCACAAGAACUCCGCGCAGAUUUUCAGAAGGAGCUGGACGCCUUUGUUGAUUUCUUUAAAGUGGACGUGGUGGCAGCCAUUAGCCGCUUCGCUUUGCCUCGGAGUUUCUGGUCCUUCUUCGCUUUCUGCCGGGAGAGCAUCCGAGAAUGUAAUUUGGUUGGCGUUGAGGAUGAAGCCGGUACCGAGGUGGAGCUAAAGAUUGUGGAGCCGAUCUUUCGGCUCUUCGUCAAUGGCAUUAUUCUGCCACUUCUACGAGCUCCCAAGAAAUUUGGUGGAAGGGAAGUUGGUUUGCCCUACUGUGAAAAGAACAACUUCGAUGGCGAUGUGCUCUUCAACACUUGCACCGUCUUGGAUGCCUUUCAAUCGAUGACAGAGACGGCUGGCAACAAGGAGAGUCACGCCGCGCGCCUGAGCAAGAUCGCCCUGCGGCUGCGUCCCGAGCUCCUGCGCUACUUGUUGGAUCGGACCAUCACGGCGGAUGUCGUUGGCGAUGAUCCCGACACCACGGUGACGGUCCAGUCCUUCCUAUGUCACUUUGAUCGGAGCUCCAGGAGCAUCUAUGUGCCACCGUCGCAGCUGUUGCUCUUCCAAAACUUGGUCCUUUUCAAUGUGAACAAGAUCAGGUUACAAUCGGGCGAUCGCUUGGAAGAGGCAUGCCGGAAGAUAGGGCGAUGGCCAGAGCAACUUGUUAAGGAAGCGACCGAGAAGGCUGAGAAGAACGCGGAGGUCUUGUAUCGCUUCACCUUGCAGCAUCGUUUUCUCUUCACGGAGGGUUCCCUGGCGAUUUGUCCAGCCUCGAAAUGCACUGUGCCCCUUUGCCUCAGCGCUGCGGCUGGCUCCGAUGCCCUACGACGCCAUGGGGAUGAGGUCAAUCUGGUGCAGAACGUGGAUGUCGUUCGGACCUUGAAGGAAGACAAUCCAAACAAGGUGUUGGAAGACUUGUUUCGAAUGCUACCACCCUUGAAGUCAUCGAAUUUCGUGGAUCUGAAAGAGGAACUGGAGGCCCUAUGGACUCAAUGCGCUGCCGGGCAGAACGAAGCCCUGACCGAGAAGCUGGCCGAGGGCGUUCAAGCUGUGGCUGAUUACAUUGAGACGGAGCUAAGCCCCGAAGAAGUUCUGGACGCCAUGGCGUCGGUGAUUUUGUCGCGGAAUCGACAUAGUCGUUACCUUCAUUCCAUGUCAGUGGGCUUGUCUCGACUUCCAAUGGAAGAGAGUCGCCACGCAAAAGAAGUACGCAGUGCUGAGCAAGAGCUAAAAGCGGUCAUUGAGCAUUCAAAGCAGAUGCUCCUGCCCGAGAGGAUCACGGAGGUCGCGAAGUUGGAAGCUGCGAUUCUCAAAGGAAGUGACUUGAACUUCCUCAUCAAGAAGCAAGCAGCGAGGGUGAAGACCAAGGCCACCAAGAAGGUGACCAGACACAACUUGUCAGACCUAUUGUCAGAUGGCAAGGUGCUGGAGUGCUACAGUGAACUGGACACCGUGCAAGGCAAAGUCUACUUGACGAUGUGGUCCAUCGAUGCAGACAUCAUCGUUCACGUGGGCCUUUUGGAGGAAGGAGAUGCGAUGCUGGAAUUUGUGAAGCAGUUCCGCAUCCCCGGCGACGUGGUCAAGCAGCUUCCGUUUGCAGACCGAGAAGACACCACGGGACUCCCCUUGGAAGGGCCGGUGAUCAUGAAGUGGCGCAGCCUUGAACUUUCCAAAGUGCUGAAAGAAGUGCCACCAGCAGAUUGA